ACUCUUUUUCUCUUGCAAUCACGCCGACGCGGGGUUCGAGAAAUCGCGACGGAGCAUCGGAGAGAAACCGAUCCCCCUUUCCGUUCCGCGAGAUUCACCACCGGAAAAAAAAAUGGACAAUCCGUCGUCGGAAGGAUCGGCUCCGAGGAGAACACUAAGAAGAAAAGCAAUCAGAAAGAACUACGACGAGAACGCGAUGGACGAGCCGAUCGAGACCUCCAAGAAGAAGAAGAAGUUCAAGACGAAGCAGCAGCUGGAGAAAGAGACCGAGACGGAGGCUCUGAUCGCCCUAUCCGUCGGCUUCCCGAUCGACGAGCUCCUCGAGGAGGAGAUUCGCGCGGGGGUGGUGAGGGAGGUUGGCGGGAAAGAGCAGAACGAUUACAUCGUCGUUAGGAACCAUAUAGUCGCCAGGUGGAGGAGCAACGUUAGGGUUUAUCUUCUCAAAGAUCAGAUUAGAGAGUCUGUUAGUAGUGACUGUGAGCAUUUGAUCUCGGCUGCUUAUGAUUUUUUACUGUUUAACGGUUACAUUAACUUUGGGGUGUCUCCGUUGUUUAACGGAUACGUUCCUGAAGAAGAUAGGAGUGAAGGAUUGGUGGUGGUUGUUGUUGGAGCUGGACUCGCGGGUUUGGCUGCCGCGAGGCAGCUUUUGUCUUUCGGGUUUAGAGUUGUUGUCUUGGAAGGGAGGAGCCGCCCUGGCGGGAGGGUUUACACUCAGAGGAUGGGAUGGAAGGAUUGGUUUGCGGCCGUUGAGCUCGGCGGGAGUGUGAUCACCGGCCUGCACGCGAACCCGCUAGGGGUUCUCGCGAGGCAGCUUUUGAUUCCUCUUCAUAAGGUGAGGGACCGUUGUCCUCUGUAUAACUCUGAGGGGGAGGUUGUUGAUAAGGUGGUUGACUCGAACGUUGAGUUCGGGUUUAAUAAGCUGCUGGAUAAGGUUGCUGAGGUGAGGGAGAUGAUGGGUGGGGAUGGUAAUAAGGUUUCGUUGGGGGAAGUGUUGGAGACUCUCAGGGUGUUGUACGGUGUGGCUAAGGGUGAGGAGGAGAGGAGACUUUUUGACUGGCACCUUGCGAAUUUGGAGUACGCUAACGCGGGGUGUCUUUCGGAUCUUUCGGCUGCUUAUUGGGAUCAGGAUGAUCCGUAUGAGAUGGGUGGGGAUCAUUGUUUUCUUGCAGGUGGGAACUGGAGGCUUAUAAAUGCGUUGGCUGAAGGGUUGCCUAUUCUAUAUGGGAAGAGAGUUGAUGCUAUCAGGUACGGAGACGGAGGUGUUGAAGUCGUUUCUGGUGGUCAGAGAUUCCAAGCGGAUAUGGUUCUUUGCACCGUGCCGCUUGGGGUGUUGAAGAAGAGAUGUAUUGAGUUUGAGCCGGAGUUGCCUAGGAGAAAGCAAGGAGCGAUUGAUAGGUUGGGUUUUGGUCUUCUGAACAAAGUCGCCAUGCUUUUCCCGUCUGUGUUUUGGGGUGACGAUUUGGACACGUUUGGAUGCCUCGGAGAAAGUAGCAUUGAGAGAGGAGAGUUCUUUCUGUUCUAUGCGUACCAUACAGUCUCUGGUGGACCUGCUUUAGUUGCCUUAGUUGCUGGAGAAGCUGCUCAGAGAUUUGAGUCCACAGAACCAUCUGUUUUACUUCACCGUGUUAUGAAAAAACUAAGAGGCAUAUAUGGUCCUAAAGGUGUUGUUGUGCCUGACCCAAUACAGACGAUUUGCACUAGAUGGGGAACUGAUCCUUUCUCGUACGGUUCAUAUUCACAUGUAAGGGUUGGUUCAUCUGGCGUGGACUACGACAUUCUAGCAGAAAGUGUAAAUAACAGACUAUUCUUCGCUGGUGAGGCCACGACAAGGCAACAUCCAGCUACAAUGCACGGCGCUUACUUAAGCGGUUUAAGAGAAGCGUCUCGGAUUCAACGUGUUGUGAAUGUUUCUCGCGGUUACCCGAAGAAACCUGUCCAGAGGUACAGUGGAGUUAGUAACGAUGUUCUUGAAGAUCUGUUCAAAAGACCCGACAUUGCAUCUGGACGGUUGUCAUUUGUCUUCAACCCAUCAACCGAUGAUCCGAAAUCACUUGGAUUAGUCAGAGUUUGUUUUGACAGCUUUGAAGACGAUCCAACCAAUCGUCUUCAGCUUUACAGUAUCGUUUCAUGGGAGCAAGCUCAGAAGCUUCAAGAACUGGGAGAGAGCAGUGAUGAAAGCAAGUUGACAUAUAUGGUGAAUACUCUCGGAUUAAAGCUGAUGGGUGCUAACUCAGUGCUAGACACAUGUGGUGCAUUGAUCAGUGUGAUAGCUAACGCACGCAAAGGCAGAAGCAGGACUCGUGUCGUUGCAAGGCAGUAACACAUUCUUCACUUUUCAAGAGAGAGGUGCAGAUUCUUCACUAACCCCACCAUUUUACAUAGUUCAUGCUUUGACUUCAUUCGUUUGUCAUUUUUGUGGACUUUUUUUUUUAAGUGCGUAGAGAAUCAAUGUUUCCUGGCAAGUUUAUACAAGUUUAUACUUAGUCUGAGUAUGUUCUUGACUUUAC